UUUGGUCUUUUCAAAAAUGACCAUAGGCAAACUUCACAGGGUGAAACCUUUUGAUUGGUCGCUGUUAAAUUAGUUUAAGUAAAAAAUGUUAUUUUGAAAGCAAUUAAUAGAGUGACGUCAACACAAAUGCAGUUAAUACAUGUAUUUAAAAGUAUUUUUAGAAACUACUUAUAAAUUUUUUACAAUUUUGAUGUAUUUAGUUUCAUUUGGGAAUGGAUAAAAAAAUUGAAAACGAAAACCAAGGUUUAAAGGAAAAUAUUGCUUUUCUGCUUCCUGACCGUGGAAAUUUAGAUGAUCCAAGCAUAAAAUGGAGAUCAGAAAAACCCGAUUAUACACUUGCCAAUUCAGAGUUUUUUAAAGGAAAAACAAUGAACCAUUUAGAAGGAUCUAUUGAAAAAUUUGUUGAAGACUUAGUCAAAACAUGGGAAAUGGAAUGUUCUCAUAAAAUCGAUUUUCAACAAUGGAACACGGUAAACCACGAAACAUAUUGCAUAAGUGCUAAUGGUGGGAAAAAGUUUUCAGGCGAAGAAAACCUUGUAGAAGGAAACUACAAUGUGCUGUUAAACGUUUGCAAUCCUGAAUUUUAUGAUUCCAAAAAAGAAGAUUUUGAAAGUUCUCACGUUCUGUUCAGAAGUUGUUUUGAUAACUCUUUUCCUUGGGAGCUUUUAAAAGUAUUUUCAGGUCCACCCAAAGUUGUGUUUACAUGGAGACAUUGGGGUACAUUUUCUGGUACAUUUAUGGAACAAAAUGGCGAUAAUAAGUUGUAUGAAAUGUAUGGUUUUUGUAUAGUAAAGGUCAAUCAAGACAUGAAAAUUGAAAGUAUUGACGUAUAUUACAAACCAGAUGAUUUUUUCAAAGCAUUAUUAGAAAAAAAUCCAACUCUUUCAGGAACAAAUUCACUUUUUGGAAAUGGUUGUCCCUUUGCUUCCAAUGCGUGAGGCAACUUAUCAAUUGUAAACUUUAUUAAUGAGCUUUUUAUGUUAGUAAUUUUUUUUUCAUUUGAAACUUGAUUUUUUUAAUAUUUAAUUCCAGUAUUGGGUCUGGGAAUGUUGAUGAGUACUUUUUUAUGGGUAUUUUUAUGCAGUGAACCAAUAAAAACUUUGUAACCAUUUAAAAGUAUAUUUGAAUGUUUUUA